CAACCUCUUUCGUUUUUCCCUCCAUUAUUCUCUCUCUGUCACUCUUUCUCCUUUGGUCUUGCUUUCCCCCUUUUGCAUUCUUAGGCACUGCCUUCUGUUUUUAUUCUGAAAGACCUCCUCAGUCCUAACAGAUGACGAAGAGUACAAGGAUAGGGAAAUAUGUAUAGUGCCAGGCUGGCUUUAGCUUCCUUGCUGGUCAGCAUGUUCGUGGGAGCCCAGGGGGCCAAGACAUCUUUCAGACCGCGAAACUGCACGCUGCAGUGCGUUCGCCAGGGAACUCCAGGAUGUGAGUAUUGCAGGAUCAGUAAAGAGGAUGUCCAGUCUACACUUGGUUUGACCUCCGCUGGCCUCUUUGGAGGCUGCGUGCCAUGGCCAUGUCAAUCUUUUUUAGGGCAACAGCAACCUGAGAUCUGCCAGCACUACGUACAUGCUCCGCAGAACGUGACUAUCAAGUUUGUGGAUGAUCCAGACUCUAAAUAUGACACUGUUGUUGUGUCCUGGAGCCCAAGCCAAUAUGGUGUUGCUUUCCUUCGAGGUUUCCAAGUUACCCUGCAGGCUUUGGGUGGCACUCAGAUCUCCUGUCAGCUUUUCCUCAUUCAAAACAAUCUGUCGCUCUCCGCUGCACAUGUUCACAGGGUGUAUUACUCAGAUUCAUUCUCACAUCUCUCUCUGGGUGCCCAGUACGCUGUGACUGUGAUGGCCCUCCCUGUUCCCGAACUGUGGGACAAAUUCUACCAUAGUAAACUGUUCUUCACACGCACAUGCCCUGAGAAAAACACAUUGGAACAUUGUAAAAAAGACUGGUAUCCCAGGCAUGUUGAAGUCCACCAGGACAGGCAGGACAUUGUUGUGACUUUUAACCUGGCACCAGAGAACUUGGGCAUCAGUCGCUACUUUUCGGCAUGCUUUGGAGGGGGCUCGCGCAGCUACGAAAUCAUUCAUCCUGAUUUCAGUGUAAACAGUACUCAUCACACAUACCGCUUGCUCAAUCUCCAUACAGGAACCAAUUACACUUGUGAGAUUGCAGCAGAUAUUGUGGAUGCAGUAAGGAAAACGUUUUUUGUUCAAGUACAGUACAAUUUAGAAGAGUACUCAGCGUUACACAAGGAGGCUCCCUCUUUGGCACUUACACUCUCUGUGGGUGUUCUGCUAACAGCCUCGUUGGCAGCCAUCUUUGUUAUCCUCUGUCAGAAAAGACUGAGAAAAAAGAAAGCAAAGACGGAGAUAAGACCAGACAGCAUUGAAGAAUAUUAUGACAAACACCUGGAGGAGCCACCGUGUGUGGUACUAACCAACAGCACCCGUCCCCCUGAACUCUUGAUUUGCUACUCAAGUAAUGAUGGUCCUGCCCAUGUAAGAGUUGUCUUAAAAUUGGCAACAUUCCUACAAAAGCACAUGGCCACUCAGGUACAUUUGGACCUGUGGGAUACCUUGAACAUCAUGGAGGAGGGGGAUCUAGGAUGGUACUGCAGAAAAAUUAAGGAGAGUGACUUUGUGAUGGUCAUCUGCUCUAGAGGUCUCAACCAGAAACAGCAAAACCAAAGAAAGGAGGAAGAAGAUGACCCAGCAGAAAACACCUCUCUAGCCAUUAUAGCCAUAAUUGGAGAGGAGAUGUGCCGAGCCAAAGCUCUAGGUCAAGAUCUUUCCAAAUACAUGACUGCCAUUUUUGAGUACUCAAAUCAAGCAGACAUCCCACCCAUGUUAAAUCUGGCCUCAAAGUAUAUGCUCCCUGAAGACUUGCCACUGCUCUUCUCUCAUCUUCACGCAGUGGCUCUGCAGAAGCCUGGAGCUUACAGGCGAGUGGAGAACGUCUCAGAGAAUGAAUACUUAAAAGUCCCAGCUGGAGUGGCAUUAUGUCUGGCUAUUCAAGAGGCCAAGAUUUUGAUCACUGGCUAAGAUCUAUCUGAUAGCAGAACUGGUCACCACAUAAGCUAAUUGCUCAAGAUAACACAACCAAUACAAACUGCUCAGACUGCAAAGUUUGUAUUGAAAGCUAUGAAGGUAAUGUUCUUUAAAUGUGUCUUUAAGAGAUGGCAUAAGGGACUGUUGCCAAAAGAAUAUUCUUGAGGGACGCAUCUAAGGUUUAAUGACAAAUAUCUUGCCAGCAAGACAGACAUGUUUCAGGGAUUGAUACCUUUGUCCAUCCAGAAAGUGUUGCAACCUCAACAUAUGUUUUUUAAAGUGCAGUUUUCAUUUGAAUUAAUAUGAAUAUUAACCUUUAUAUAUAUUUCUUGCAAAAGUGCUUUUGUGUCUUUGGAAUAGUUUAUUCUGUCAAAAAUUAUUGGCAUACUUAAAGAGUACUAUAAAUAAAACCAAAGAAAUGUGUGCCUUUAGGGAAAAUACGUUCUUGCUUUAAGUGUCUAGGAACUUUGUUGUCUAUGACCAUUUUUCAUUAGGUAUAAAUAUGAGGUAACACAGAUAAAAUCCCUUUGUCAUCAAUCACCAUGGGUAAAACCAAGAGCUGUCAGCACAAAUGAGAAAAAAAAAUUGUUGAGCUACACAGAUCGUGGAAUGGCUACAAUAAAAUAGGUAAGCAGUUGAAAUUACCAGUAAGCACAAUCAAGGUCAUAAUAAUGUUUUAAAAGCAUGAAACAGUUGAACAGGACAGUUUUACAACUGUAAAGUUCAGUUGCACCUUGGGAUUUUACUGUUUCAAAACCAACAGUGAGACACCACCUCCAUGACCAGGAACUUUUGGAGUGCCUUUGAAAUUGGGAGUGCCAAUAUUUUUGGAAUAUUUUUUUAUGAAAAUGUGUGUUACUAAAGGAAACCUUUAUAUUGUUCCACACAUCUUUUUGAAAAUAAAAGCAUGAGGUUUACCCAUUUAUUUAAGCCCAAUUGUCACGAUUGGCCCCUCCCAGUCCUGUCCAUGUGCUCGUGUUGUUUACUUCCCAGUUCUGUCCAUAUGCUUCUGUUUUCUGUUGUUUACUUCCCAGUCCUGCCCUCUUGUUUCAUGGCUACACCCCUGACUGUUUCCCCCUGUUUCCCACCUGUCCCUCAUUAUCCUGGUUUGUAUUUAAACCCUGUGUUUGCUGGUCUUUGUUUGUAUGUGCUGUUUGAUAUAUUUCAUGUUUGAUGUUUGUUGGAUGUACUGUUCGAAGUGUAUGUAUUGUUUGAAAAGUUUUGUUUAUUUCUGGUCUGUUUGGAGUUCUGUGUUCAUUUUGUCAUGGCUGUCCCUCGUGCUCUCCCUACUGGCCAUUUGAACCUGGACUGUAUCGACCACAACCCUUUAUUUGCCCUAAAUAAAAGUCGCUUAUCUCAG